AAGACAUAACACUAGUACAUUUCAAUUUGAUUAAAAAUGAAGAGUAAAACUUUGAUCUUAUCGACCAUUUUCGCUCUCGCUUCCUUCUCAAGCAUUGUCCUCGCCUAUGAUCCAAGACCUUUACAAGAUUUCUGCGUUGCAGAUCUCAUAAGCACAGUAAGAAUCAAUGGAUUGCCAUGUUUGGAUCCUGCAACGGUGAGAGCCGACGACUUUUUCUUCAGCGGGCUGGCGCAGGCCGGCAACACGUCAAACCCUGCUGGCGCGGCCGUGACGCCCGUUGGCGUGAGCCAGAUUCCGGGGCUCAACACCCUCGGGCUAGCCAUAGCCCGCCUUGACUAUGAGGCGGGAGGGUUUUUCCCGCCUCACUACCACCCCAGGGGGAGCGAGAUUCAUACAGUUCUAGAAGGUUCCAUGGAGGUGGGAUUCGUCACAUCCGCUCCCGGUUUCAAAUUCUAUAGUAAAGUUCUAGAGAAGGGCGAUGUGUUCGUCGUCCCCGUCGGCCUUGUCCAUUAUCAGAGAAAUGUCGGGGCUGGAAAAACCGUCUCGAUUGCGACAUUCAAUAGCCAGAAUCCGGGUAACAGUGUCAUCCCCAACGCCCUCUUCGGUUCGAAUCCCGACAUCGACAGCGAUUAUCUGGCCAAGUCGUUCGCCUUGGAUAAGGAAACCGUGGAAAGACUGCAGGCAGUGUUCUAGAAUGUUUGCAGAUUGCAGUGCCUUCAAUUCAUCAGCAAUGUACCUAUGUCAUAAUGUUUUUUAGCAUUUUUAUUUAAAUAAUAAAAUCGAUUGAAAUUA